AUGGGCCGGCCCGCGGGACGCCCCGAGCGCCUGUGCCGGGGGCUGCUGGCGCUGCUGCUGGCGCUGGGCCGCCUGGCGCCGCCGCUGCUGGCCAAGAGCCUGGAGCCGGUCUCCUGGAGCGCCGCCAACGCCAAGUUCGUGUCUGGCACAGGGCUGGUGCUUUACCCAGAAAUUGGGGACAAGCUGGACAUAAUCUGUCCGAAGGGAGAGCCAUCCAAACCCUAUGAAUAUUACAAGUUGUACCUGGUGAAACGGGACCAAGCAGCGUCCUGCAGCACCGUCAUGGACCCUAACGUGUUGGUGACCUGCAACAGGCCUGAGCUGGAAAUCCGUUUUACCAUCAAAUUUCAGGAGUUCAGCCCCAACUAUAUGGGCUUGGAAUUCAAAAGACACCAGGAUUACUUUAUCACAUCCACCUCCAACGGGUCCCUCGAGGGCUUGGAGAACAGAGAAGGCGGCGUCUGUGAAACUCGCUCCAUGAAGAUCAUCAUGAAAGUGGGACAGGCUCACCUCAGACUGGAGUCCAUACGGAUCCAGUGUUAUCUGGACGACAUCCUCAUACAAUCAGGGUCGGUCCAGGCGGCGCAGUCAGAGGUGGCCCGCACAAUAGAGGUACUCCAGGAUCAUGGAUUCUUG